ACCCUAGCUGCCGCCGCGCCCUUCUCCGGGCGUCUGGAUUCCCUUCCUCGCGGCCCCGCCCAGGCGGCUGCCCGUGACCUGCCUGGGCGCAGGGAGCGGAAAGUCGGGAAGGGUGAGGGGAGUCCAGUUCGUCAUGGGGCUGUUUGGAAAAACCCAGGAGAAGCCUCCCAAAGAGCUGGUCAAUGAAUGGUCAUUGAAGAUCAGGAAGGAAAUGAGAGUUGUUGACAGGCAAAUAAGAGAUAUCCAAAGAGAAGAAGAGAAAGUAAAACGGUCUGUGAAAGAUGCAGCCAAGAAGGGCCAAAAGGAUGUCUGUGUGGUUCUGGCCAAGGAGAUGAUCAGGUCAAGGAAGGCUGUGAGCAAGCUCUAUGCAUCCAAAGCACACAUGAACUCUGUGCUCAUGGGGAUGAAGAACCAGCUUGCGGUCCUAAGAGUAGCUGGUUCCCUGCAAAAGAGCACAGAAGUGAUGAAGGCCAUGCAGAGUCUUGUGAAGAUCCCAGAAAUCCAGGCCACCAUGCGGGAGCUGUCCAAAGAGAUGAUGAAGGCUGGAAUCAUAGAGGAAAUGUUAGAGGACACCUUUGAAAGCAUGGAUGACCAGGAAGAAAUGGAAGAAGCAGCAGAAAUGGAGAUCGACAGAAUCCUCUUUGAAAUCACAGCAGGAGCCCUGGGCAAAGCACCCAGUAAAGUAACCGACGCCCUUCCUGAGCCUGAACCCAUCGGAGCGAUGGCUGCCUCAGAAGAGGGAGAGGAUGAGGAGGAUGAAGAGGACCUGGAGGCCAUGCAGUCCCGGCUGGCCACACUCCGAAGCUAGGGCCACCCAGUUGUGGCCUCAGCUCUGUAGUGCCCUCGUCUAGGUGUGGGCACAGCCUCCGGGGAGUCCCCGUUUCCUGUAUCUCUUGCACUACACCUCUGUUGUGAAGCAUUGCAUUUUGGAGAGGGUUCUUUGCUAGUAUAUCUUCACUGUUUGCAGAGGUCUUAAGGACUGUUUUUAUGAAGGUGGUAUAAUCAAAUGCAUUAUUUUCAAGAUCAUAAGUAGCAGAAGUAUCUUUCUUGGGGGAGGGCAAAGAAACCCAUUUUCUCAUGAAGCAGUUCCUAGAAGAGUCAAUUGAAUGUUGAGGACUCUCUACUGGUGUGUAUGUGUAAAAUACUACGUAAAUGGAUGUCAAUAAACUUCUACUUUAGCUCUUGGUCUCAUUGUAGAUGUCGUGUGCAAUGAACUCAAGGUGUUGAUCUCCCAGAUGUCUCAGUGUUGGCCCUGGAAAGAGAAAGUGCCGUCACCAGGCAUCAGAACAUGGGAGCUCAGCAGAAGUGCCUUCUGCUCAGGAGCUGCUGGUCCUGAUCUUCAGACAGUGUUUGGGGGCCACUCUCCGCAGUUGUCAUCUGUUUAACCAGUGGGUGUUGGUAAUGCGCUGUGUUGGCUGAGGAACUGUACAACGCACCUGUGCACACGUGGGUAGCUUUGCAGCUGUUAGUCAUUCCUCCCCAUGGCAAGUGUCAUGCGGAACAGACAGCUCUGGGAUCAGGACUCUUACCCCCCAUUCUCGCUGGAGCCAAGGGUCUCGCACACAGGGACAUGGCCUCACCAUGAAUAUGAAGAGCUAACGAGCGAGAAACUUUGGUUAUGCAUUGAAACACACACACCACGACAUGCUUUAGAUGCACUGAGAAGUAACCUGGCAGUUGCACUGUGUGUGUGACAGUUAGAAAAGCUCUUUGGCAUGAUUGGUCUCAUGCAGUCUUCACAGAUGAGAACAGCUGUUUGCUGAAGUCACAAACGCUCAUGUACAAUGGCCUGUGUCCACCAUUAUUGUGGUACAGAAUGGCUUUGUUACCCAAAAACAACCCUAUGUGCUCUGUUCAUCCCCUCCUCCCUGGUCCCGUGACAUCCAUUGGCCUGUUGACUAUCUCUCUGGGUUUUCCUUUUCCAGCCUUUCAGACUAGCUUCCCUUGCGUGCUAAUGAGCAUUUAAGUUUCCUCUGUGUGGGUUCAUGACUUGAUUGUUCAGCUCUUCUCAGUGAGCAGCAUUCCAUUUUCUAGAUGAACCAAAACUUGUCCUGAAGGGCAUCUGGACUGCCCCUCAGUUUGGGGAUUAUCACUAAACCUGAAGCAAUGUCUGCAGCACUUUCCCUGUGUGUGAGUUUUUAAUUCCUGUGGAUACCAGGGAGCUCAACCAUAGGACGUGUGGUCAGCACACACUUGGGGCUGUAAGAGGCUACACCAGCCUUGCAUAGCACACACUGUCCACCUCCUAGGAGGAAGAGUUCUGCCGUUCUGCGUCCUUGGCAGCAUUUGUCAUGAGGGAUUUCUGUUGUGUUGGUACCGUGUCUUAAUCUGUAAUCCCCGAUGAAGCAUGCUGGGCAUCUGUUUCUAUACUUGCCUUCUCUGUAUUUUGUUUGAGAAUGUUGAAAUAGUGGCCUUGAACUCAUGACCUCUCUGCUCAGCCACCAUGCCCAGCUUGCCACCUGUAUUUCUUCACUGUUUGUUCAUUUUAUAAACUGGAUUGUUUUCUGAUCACUCAACUUUAAGGUCCUCUUCCAUAUUUUGGACCAGUCAUCUAUCAGAUUUUAUCCUAUUCUCUGGUCUGUUCACUCAUUGUUGACAGUUGCUCAAAGCUGACGUUUUUUACUUUUAAUAAAACCCUGCUUCUCAAUUA